CAGCACUUUUGAAAAUUUGGCCAGUCAUGUAGGUAUCUAACAUGGAUUUAGACACCCAUUUUUGAUAAGAUUGGCCUAAAGGAAUAGGAACCCUAUUGCUUCCUCACACUUUUGUUGUUGUGGUAUGUGCAUUUAUAGUUCUCUUUUCUUUUCAGAUUCCCAUCUCCAAUGGUUCUUGGAAUUGGACAGAUGGCAACCACCAUACUUAUUCUGUAUGUGUCAAAAUUAAAUAAGAUUAUUCACUUCCCUGAUUUUGACAAAAGUAUCCCUGUGAAGUUGUUUCCUCUGCCUCUGCUUUAUGUUGGAAAUCACAUAAGUGGAUUAACAAGCACCAGCAAACUAAGUUUGCCGAUGUUUACAGUGCUCAGGAAGUUUACCAUUCCACUUACAUUACUGCUGGAAAUCAUCAUACUUGGGAAACGAUAUUCACUGGGUAUUAUAGUCAGCGUAUUUACCAUCAUUCUUGGGGCUUUCAUAGCCGCUGGAUCAGAUCUCUCUUUUAAUUUGGAAGGCUACACCUUUGUGUUACUAAAUGAUAUCUUCACAGCAGCAAAUGGAGUAUACACUAAACAGAAAAUGGAUCCAAAGGAGCUGGGAAAAUAUGGAGUCCUUUUCUAUAAUGCUUAUUUUAUGGUGAUACCCACAAUGAUUAUUAGCUUCUCCACUGGAGACCUUCAGCAGGUCACAGAUUUCAAGCACUGGACAAAUCUUUUAUUUCUCUUUCAGUUUCUUCUCUCCUGCUUCUUGGGGUUUCUCUUAAUGUAUUCUACAGUCUUGUGCAGCCAUUACAAUUCUGCACUUACGACAUCAGUGGUUGGUGCAAUCAAGAAUAUAUCCAUUGCUUAUAUUGGAAUGUUGGUUGGUGGAGACUACAUAUUCUCUAUAUUAAACUUUAUAGGGCUAAAUAUUUGCAUGGUAGGAGGACUGAGAUAUUCAUUUUUAACAUUAAGAGACAACAACAAGCCUAAGCAGCCUACAGAUGUAGAAAACACAUCUUGAUUCAAAGAGCUGGCAAAAAUGAAUAACGUGAAAGGCAGUGAAGAUGCAAGCUCACUAAACAGCACUGCCAUGAAGUUAAUCAAGCACAUGCAGCAGGAAUGUAUCUGAAAUGAGAAAACUACCUCAGUUACCAUUGCGUGCACACAUUGAAUAGGCUCAGAAGUGUUCUUACACACAGUGUUGCCACUUAUUUUUGUUUUAUUCUUUUACACCAAGACUGACUUAUAAUAUGGGAACAUCUAUCCAAAGUAAUUAGCUAGUUGUGACUGUCUUUAUUCUUCUUGCCAUUGACAAUAUUUGUACUCAGCCAAAUCUUAAAUUUCUUACUCAGUUUUCAUCAAUUCUUGUGAGGCAAAACUCCCACUAAAGACAAUGGGGGCUUGAUUCAUUUCUGUCCUGUACCUUGCAGAUUUUUUUACACCUACAAAGAGGGUGUACAAUGCUACCAAAUCAAAAUGGUUUUACACCCACUUUGCACUAGUGUAAAUGAUUGCACAACUGGAUCCUGGCUCACUACAAAAGCAGUUUUCCCUCUUUUGGUAUUGACACCUCC